CAACUGUCACAACACAGCCAGCUGAUCCAUUUGUUUUGAUAGGAUUCGGUGCCCGCUUUUGGCGUGUUGGAGUAAAUUAUUUCGUCCGGUUACACUUUAUUAGUUUUGUAAAAUAUGAAAUUUGGUUUCACCCCACAUCCCUCGUUUGUACAAUGAAAUUCAGCACGACGCUUUGUACAAUUGGAAUCGUGUUUUUGGCAACUUUCUUAUUGUGUGAAUUUUUUGUCUAUUAUGUGGUCUUAUCAAAAUGCAAAUGGCCAGACGUCGGGCAAGACAUGAAAGAUUCGGAACCCAUCCCGGCACUUCUCUUGGCAGACACUCAUUUGCUGGGACCUUAUCAUGGACACUGGUGGGACAAACUGCGACGUGAAUGGCAAAUGCAUCGAGCAUUCCAGGCUGCCGUGCAGCUCUUUCACCCCGAGGUUGUCUUCUUUUUAGGCGACCUUUUCGAUGAGGGCCAAUGGGUGGAUCAGAAUGGGUUCCGGGAGUACGUCUUACGCUUUCAGAAACUGUUUCACACGCCAGCCGGCGUGAGGACAAUCAGUGCAGUUGGAAACCACGAUAUCGGGUUUCAUUACAGACUUCACCCUCUCCUUUCGGAGCGCUUCGAUGAAGCCUUCAACCACUCCGCCGUGAAUCUGCAUACAAUUCGAAAUGUCCACUUCGUUACAAUUAAUUCCAUGGCUAUGGAAAAUGAUGGCUGCUAUUUUUGCGAAGGGGCGAAGUAUAAACUGAGGAAGAUUCAAUCUACGCUAGACUGCAGUAAAGAUGAGUCUAAAUGUGUGAUAGGAACAACAACAGAUCGAUUGCGUUAUAGUCGGCCAAUUCUACUACAGCAUUUCCCCACGUAUCGAAAAUCAGAUAAACGCUGCAUCGAAGGUGAUAUUCCUGCUCUGGAAUCCUAUCGAGAAAAUUGGGAGGUGCUAUCGAAAGAAUCGACUGAUUUCAUUGGGAAAACUCUAAAUCCGCGAGUGGUUUUCAGCGGUCAUUCUCAUCAUUAUUGUAGAAUUAAGAACAGAUUAAAAGUUGAGGAAUAUACUAUUUCCUCGUUCAGUUGGCGUAACAAAAACAAUCCUAGCUUUCUGUUGGCUCUUUUUACACCAGACAACUAUGCCGUGUCCAUAUGUUAUCUACCACAUGAAACAACCGUAAUAAAGUUCUACGGCUCAUCAGUCUUUCUGAAUUUCGUGAUUCUCUCGGUCUAUUUGACGCGGAAAAGAAAGCAGGACUAAAGUACUAUUUUGAUAUCUCAUAAAUCCUGAUAUUUUGUAAUUUAUUAAAUUUAUGUACAUAAGACUA